UGUUCCUACUACUUUGAGCGCCAUCUUGUUUGUAACUCCUGUACGUAGGCUAAGUGGUAGAGUUUCUACUGAGGGGGGAUCCGAUUACCCUUUUCCACUUUUAGACAGGGGACCUCUCCCUGUAGAGUAACAGGCGCAAAUCGCUCCUGCUUUUUGCUUUCCUCUAAAAAUUAAGCCACGGUCUCUCCAAACGGAUAGAAAUGAGCAUCGAAACGCUCCUGGAAGCGGCCAAGUUUUUGGAAUUGCAAGCCCAGCAACAACAGAAAGCACGUGAGGAUGAAUUAAAAGAAAAGCUACGUCUGGAGCUGCUGGCAGAGCAGAAGCUCUCUGAUGUGAACUAUAAGACCACAGUCCACAUAAACAAUGUGACAAAAGUGGAGGAUCUCCAUACUGAAUGUCAUCCUGCACUCGUACCACCCUCUCUGCCUCUGCCCUCUAUGCCCAUCACGGUCAUCCCCAUCCCUGUGGUCGCCCCCAACCCCACAGGCUCGCCCACGCUGCCUGUGGCCACAAUGUCCCCUCCAGCUGCUCCACCUCUGUCCUCCCCCAAGAGAGAUCCUCAUUCUCCCCAGGAGCAGAGUGCUGCUACUCUGCUACAGCCUAAACCUGAACCCCCCACCUCUGUGCUGACUGUAAACCACAAACAACCACUGCAGAACCACCAUCACACACAGUUCAUUGCCCAGACUGCAAACACUAAACUGCAGACUCACCAGCAGCUGGUCCAGCGCUACCCCGGCUCCAUCGUCUCCCCUCCUCAACAGCAUGCCUUACUUCCUCAGUCCAGCUCUGUGCUUCAGCCAGCCCCCCUGCAGAACGGUCCCAUCAGCAGAGGCAGCCCCCCAGAUGAUGCACGCCACUUGGACAGUAAGAAACGACCAGGCGGAGCUGGCACAAGAGAAGUACAUAACAAGCUGGAGAAAAAUAGACGAGCUCAUUUGAAGGAGUGCUUUGAGACACUGAAAAAGAACAUCCCCAAUAUUGAUGAGAAGAAAACCUCCAACCUGAGUGUGCUAAGAAGUGCGCUGAGAUACAUUCAAACUCUGAAGCGGAAAGAAAAGGAGUACGAGCAUGAUAUGGAGCGACUGGCCAGAGAAAAGAUUGCCACGCAGCAGCGAUUAGCAGAGCUGAAGAAUGAGUUGAGUCAGUGGAUGGAUGUGAUCGAGAUCGACCGUGUCCUCAGACAGACAGUACAGCCUGAAGAGGACCAGGCCUCAACCUCCACUGCUUCAGAAGGUGGAGACAUCAUGGAUGAUGACCUUGAUGAUGAUGAGAUGGAGAGAGCACCGACUGCCUUACCCACCGUGCCUCAACUCAUGAAACCUGAGCUGCACAAACCUGCAACAGUGGCUGAGAACCCCACCCUGACAUCUACUGCCACAACUACCUCCUUCAUUACUCAGCACAUUUCCAUCCAGCACAAAGCCCCACUGCAGCAAGCUCAGGGACCCACAGUGUCAUCUCCACAGCCAGUGUCCAAACAGGCAGCCUCACCUACACUCACAACCAUGCCCCUCUCUCCCCCCACCCUCAGUCAAACCCUGAUCCCCACCCAGACACCAAUAGUGACAGCACCGAGCCUACAUCCUACAGUGAUUGCUCAUGCCUCUGUUUCCCAUCCCUCAGUGAUUCAAGCAGUGAACCAUGUAAUUCAGACGGGGGGUCCUAAACAUUUAGCCCACUUGGCUCCCUCCACCACCACCAGCUCUGUUCAGUUAGCUCCACACCAACCCAUUGGUCACAUCACUGUGCACCCUGUGACCCACCUGGGCCAGCAUCUGCCUGCCCUCUACUCCCAGCCUGUAGCUGUCACACAACCUGCGGUGGUGGGUCACAUCACCCACACCCUGAACCAUGCUCACCCCCAGGUGAAUGGCACUGCACCGAGCCAACAAGCUACCACCAUUGUUGGGAAACAGGCAACAAUGGGCACACCAAUGGUCACUCAUCACCCACAGCUAGUGGGUCAGACGGUGCUCAACCCUGUGACAAUGGUGACAAUGCCGUCCUUUCCCAUCAGCACUCUAAAGCUGGCUUGAGGCCCACCACCAGGAAAUGGAAAAGUCCCCAAAUGUGGGAGAACCACUGGUCUCUGACUAGGCCAUAGGGUGAACCCAGUGAGAGCAGGACAGCCACUGGCUCCUUCAGUAAUCCACAUAAGAUUCAUUUUCAGAAGCAUCAGAGUGGUUAGAAAAAGACCCAGAAGAUUCCUGAAACAAACCAUAACCCUCUCUAUUGGUCUCCCACAGCAUCCUCUUGUCCUGAUCCUAAAAUGAGGAUAUGCCAUAUUCAUCUGGUGAAACGUAAUCAUGUUGAGUAUAUGUGGCAGUAUACAGUACAGUGGACAGAAAGCGCACUUUUAGCCCCUCACUGGCCAAUGAAUUUAGCAGAAAGUGAAGCAGUAGUUAGUGUAUUGUCAAACAAGCUUUAUGGAAAAUGUAACUUUAAGAGACAUUGUGUAUUAAGCAGUAGUAAGCCUUGUAUUCAAAAAGGAGCAGUGAGUACUGAAGGCUUUGACAGUGCAGGAUCAGAGUGUUCAACCCGCCAUAACCAGGACACUGAGAAUGUGAUUUGGAGGAGCACCUCCUCUCCAGCAGAGGCACAUGCUGCAGGGUUGGAGCAAAACCACGGACCAAACCUCUUAUGUAGGAGUUAGUCUUCAGUUGUGGUGCAUAUAACAAUGGCUCCCCCUGCUGUCUAUUUGUAUUCAUUAUAAUACUGCUAUACCUCUGAGGAUUUUUGUCAGAAACACUGAUGGAUGUCAUCUUAACAGCCUCACAAUGUUGAAAAAAAAAAUGCAGUUUUGUAAGGGUUUAGCAUCUAAGGUUAGGAGUAAAGGACAAUCAAAUUAUUUCUGUACUAUUUUCAUUAGACACUUGUGACUGUUCAUUGAGAAGAAGUUAGUGUUUUUUGUCACAGCUGCUAAUAUAUUCUCAUAUUUUUUGCAAAAUAGUUUAAGUUGUCACUUUGUUCCUGGCCCCCAAAGCUGAGGUAAGACAGAACAGUCAGAAAACUAUAUCAUGUCAGUCCUACGAGGUGAGGGCAUUGAGUGUGUAGAGAGUUUGAAUGUCCAUGAAUAUAGUAAAGUGUGUUUCUGUACGGUCAUGUAGGGUAGUAGGAUGUGUGUUUGCAUGCUGUGAAUGCAUGCCACUACUGUGUUAUUUGUUCAGUGAUUAUUUUGCAAGCGAAGGGCAAAUGACAGUACUGUCUAGUCUGCUCACUUCAACAUGUUGCAGUAGGAAUGUAAGGCUGUUUGGCCCAGGACUCUCAAACCCCCAGCUCUGCGUUACGUGGUUGGUACAAAAUAAGCAGCUGGCACAAAAACAAUGAUGUUUUUCAAGACUAUUCUUUUCCAAGUGCUGGCACUGUGAAGAUUAAUUUCCAUUAGUCUCACUGAGCAGCAAAUCUGAAGUUUAGCAUAGCACUUGCUAAAGCAGCAACAUGCUGUGGACUCCUACUUUAAUCAUUUAAUCUGAAUGUACUGAUCUGUGAAAGGAUGUAGAGCAUCAUACUCAUUGGACGUUAAGCCCUUUUAGUGUGUGUGUGUGUGUUUUGUUUUUGUUUGUUUUUUUUAACAAAUUUUUAAAAAAGCAGAUUACUUUAUUAAAGUAUCACAUGUAUGUGAAGUGUAACAUUUAAAAUGUAUUUGUAUUUUUAAAAAUUAUUGUUUGUUUCAUUUGGAAAGUAACUUUCUCAGUGUAAAUUUGAUAAAUGACUUUUCUGGGACCAUAUACAGUACAGUAUAUCGGGGGUGAUGCCUAAACCAACCUCUUCCCAUAAUGAUACCACAUUCGGCCACUUUGGAAAGUAUUCAACCCUUAUUUUUUAGUAUUUUGUUAUGAUGCAAUAUGAUUAUAGCAUGUACUUUUUCUCUCUAAAGUAUUCUAUCUACGAGAAAAGAUGGUGUGCAAAGAUGAAGCAAUAUUGCUCACCUUCAUAUUGUGGCAAAACAAAAUGUGUAAAAGUAAACGAGGGACUGAGAUACUUGAAGAAGCAACAAUACACGUUUUCCCUAUGGAGAAAGAUUAAGUUGUAUAUAGCCUGUAAAUGUUGGACUGCAUUUAGAUCUACCUGUAUUAUGUAAAAAGAUCGGAAGAUGAUAUAAAAUGUACAAAAUAUUUGUUAAAAAAAUAAAUAAAAUAAAUUGUAUACAUUUACACA